AUGGUGGUGAGUUGGGCCCCUCAACAAGAAGUUCUUGGGCACCAAGCAGUUGGUGGCUUUUGGACCCAUAACGGCUGGAACUCGACGUUGGAAAGCAUAUGUGAGGGUGUUCCGAUGAUAUGUAGACCCCAUUUUGCCGAUCAGAUGAUAAAUGCCAGGUAUGUCCAGGAGGUCUGGAAGGUAGGAUUUGAGUUAGAGGGAAAGUUGGAGAGGGGGAAGAUUGAGAGGAGUGUUAGAAAGUUGUUUUGCCACGAAGAAGGUGGAGAGAUGAGGUGGAGGGCGAAAGAUCUCGAGGACAAAGCAACCGAGUGUAUGAAGAAAGGAGGCUCUUCAGAAACUAGAAUCAAUUUGUUGGUGAAUUUUAUGAUGUCAUUACCUUGUUCCAUUUAG